AACAUGUGGAUCACUGAUCUCUGUGGUCCGAGAAGAGGGAGUUUUUCUAUUAGACUGUGAAUGGUGAGAGUCCUGUCUCAUUGGGCGCGGAAAGCAAUAGCAGAAUGUUGGGGAGAAGGUGAACAAUCGCGCCCCUCUCACAUCGCUUCACUGCACGUACUGAUUUAGCAGGACGCAAGGGUUAGCGGUGAGUGCUGACGACAGUACUCGCCAGAAUCACCGUUUCGCUUGGAUGGCACUGUCAAAUCAAAGAAUCGCAUCGCGUCAAGGAAGGACAGAAACUGCCGCGGUGUCAUCGCAAAGGUUUUCCUGGUGGCUGAUUAUCUUCCGUAUAGGAAGGAGGCUAGGCUAUGGAUUAAGAAACCACAGUGAAAGUGGAAACAAAAUCCAUAUUUUUCGGUUUUGUAGGCUGCUGAUCUAGAUUUAGGUGUUGAGCAAAGAUUCGUUGCCAGUGCUGGACUAAAACGGGACAAACAAUGGACACUAACACGCGGAAAUUUACAGUUAGGAGAUGGUUUUCCGUAUACCUUCAGAAGAAGUCACGGUCCAAAAGCUCGAACUUCUGCAGAUUAGAGGACGAUGGCAUCUUGAAAGAGAUCGACAUCAGCCAGCACACCAAAGAGGGCUUUGAAAAGGCAGACCCUUCCCAGUUUGAACUGCUGAAGGUGCUUGGCCAAGGCUCCUAUGGAAAGGUGUUCCUGGUGAGGAAAAUCAAAGGCUCUGACAGAGGCCAGCUUUAUGCCAUGAAAGUGUUAAAAAAAGCAACGCUAAAAGUCCGGGAUCGGGUUCGGUCCAAAAUGGAGAGAGAUAUUCUGGCUGAGGUGAACCAUCCCUUCAUAGUCAAACUUCAUUAUGCGUUCCAGACUGAGGGGAAGCUGUAUCUGAUUCUGGACUUCCUCCGAGGGGGAGACCUUUUCACACGGCUUUCUAAAGAGGUGAUGUUCACUGAAGAGGAUGUGAAGUUCUAUCUAGCUGAGCUUGCUUUGGCCUUAGAUCACCUUCACAGUCUGGGUAUCAUCUACAGAGAUCUCAAACCAGAAAAUAUUCUCCUUGACGAAGAGGGCCACAUCAAGAUAACAGAUUUCGGGCUGAGCAAAGAGGCAAUAGACCACGACAAGCGAGCAUACUCCUUCUGCGGGACGAUUGAGUACAUGGCCCCCGAGGUGGUCAACCGGAGAGGCCACACCCAGAGUGCUGACUGGUGGUCGUUCGGCGUCCUGAUGUUUGAAAUGCUGACAGGAUCUCUACCAUUUCAAGGCAAAGACCGUAAAGAAACAAUGGCCCUGAUACUCAAGGCAAAACUUGGCAUGCCGCAAUUCUUAAGCCCAGAGGUGCAAAGUUUAAUUAGGGCUCUCUUCAAAAGAAAUCCGACCAAUAGAUUAGGUGCUGGACCAGAUGGGGUUGAGGAGAUAAAAAGGCAUCAUUUCUUUGCAAAUAUAGAUUGGAAUAAACUUUAUAGAAGAGAGAUCAAACCUCCGUUCAAGCCAGCAGUGGGCAGGCCAGAAGACACUUUCCACUUUGACCCUGAAUUCACCUCUCGCACACCAACAGACUCGCCCGGCAUUCCCCCCAGUGCCAACACACACCAGCUCUUUAGAGGGUUCAGCUUCGUGGCCACUAAUCUUGACCAGGAGAAGGCCAUUGCUGAAACGCGGCAAAACUCAACAGUCAACCCAAUUGUGCAACAACUCCACGGCACUAGCAUCCAUUUCUCUGACGGGUAUGAGAUAAAGGAGGAUGUGGGUCUGGGAGCGUACUCCGUCUGCAAACGAUGCGUCCACAAAAUCACCAGUGUUGAUUAUGCUGUCAAAAUCAUCGACAGAGCUAAGAAAGAUCCAUCUGAGGAAAUAGAGAUUCUGUUGAGAUAUGGGCAGCAUCCAAACAUCAUCACGCUGAAGGAUGUCUAUGACGACGGGAAGUGCGUGUACCUGGUGAUGGAGCUGAUGAGAGGUGGAGAGCUGCUGGACCGAAUCCUCCAUCAGAAAUGCUUCUCUGAGCGAGAGGCUUCUGCCGUUCUGUGCACCAUUACCAAGACAGUGGAGUACCUCCACUCACAGGGGGUGGUACAUCGAGACCUGAAACCAAGCAACAUCCUCUAUGUGGAUGAAACGGGAGAUCCAGAAUCGAUCCGAAUAUGUGACUUUGGAUUCGCGAAACAGCUAAGGGCAGAAAAUGGCCUCCUGAUGACGCCCUGUUACACAGCGAACUUUGUGGCUCCAGAAGUCUUGAAGAAGCAGGGCUAUGAUGCUGCUUGUGACAUCUGGAGUUUGGGGAUUCUGCUGUACACUAUGCUUGCAGGGUUCACUCCUUUUGCCAAUGGUCCCGAUGACACCCCUGAGGAAAUACUGGCUCGCAUUGGAAGCGGAAAAUAUGCACUCAGCGGAGGAAACUGGGAUGCUGUUUCUGAAGCUGCAAAGGACAUAGUCACUAAGAUGCUGCAUGUGGAUCCACACCAAAGGCUUACAGCCCCCCAGGUUCUCAGACACCAGUGGAUCGUCAACCGGGAACAGCUGUCUCAGAGUCAGCUUAUAAGACCCAAUGUUCAGCUUGUGAAGGGAGCAAUGGCUGCGACCUACUUGGCUUUGAAUCGCUCACCUUUAGCCCCAAAGCUUGAGCCUGUGCAGUCUUCAGGUUUGGCGCAGAGAAGAGGAAUGAAGAGACUCACAUCUACUUGUUCAUAGCACCAUCGUAGGUGAUUCAGUGGCAGAGCUUGAAUAUGGGCCUAGACAUGGCCCCCUUCAUCAGACACUGGUAUGAGGGCCCACACAAAGUAGCAGCCAGGAAGUUUACAGAGGGGUAUCAAGGAGGAGCCACAAAAUAUGCUGCAGUGGUAUAUUGUCUGUUUUAAUGCACCAGAAAACCAAAUACUGGCAUCUAAGGCAAAUCAAAAUACUGUUCAGAAAUUCGUAUGUGUGUCAUUGGCUUUGAAGAAAUGUAAUGUUAGUAUACUUUGUUAAUUCAUACUUGCCUUUUUCAUUUAGGUGCCAUCUGCUACUGUUUUUUAAUUAAUUGACACCUGUGUAUUAUGUUGAUUGUUUUGUACAGUGUUAUGUAGAAGACCAAGUAAUCUUAUGCAACCUUGAGUUGACAAUUUGUCAAAAAAAGGCCAUAACAAAGAAGUCUAGAGAAGUUGGUAUUUUAUAAAUAUGGAGUUGAUUUUCCAGGAUCUUUUCAGACAACAUCUGUAUUUUCCCCUGUGUCUGAAAGUAAGCAUGUUGAAAUUAUACUUUUACAAAUCUUCAUUUGAAACAGUUCAGUGACAAUUCAGUUACAGCUGCGAAGGAUAUUCUGGUACCAGUGUGUACUUUCUAUUUCAACUGGUACUGGUAACUUUCUAUUUCAAUUUAGGACGUACACCUAAGUUUCAGUUCAAUGCUUUCUAAUAAGAUUUUCUAUCAUUGUUAUUAUUGAAAUAGAAUUCACCCACACAGUUCCUGGUACAAUCAUAAAAUGCAGUUAGCAGUUGACUGAAAAUCUAAACUCGGUAGCUGAAUAACCGCAAAUGGUAUGAUACUGAAAGUACACCCAUAAUAAAUUGUCAAUUUAAGUUAUAUUUAUUGUGUAAAUGUGACCUAAUUAAGUUAUUCAAUGUAUUUAACAAAUGUAUUUAUUGUUUCUACAUUGUCCACCCUUUUUUGUAUUAAUUUAAGUAUGCUUGUCUAUUCAUUUUAUAUUUAAUACAUGAGAGAUAUACUUUUAAACCUGAUCUGAAGUGCACUUUAUUACUUUUUGAAAGAAAACAUUUGUUAUAUUAUUAAAUACAUUGAUAUGCGUUCAUCCACAUUUAGUGUUUUUUGCCGUCUAUAUGAUCAUUAUUAUGUUUAGCAAAUAUGGCAACAGAUGUUUAAUCAAAUUAUGAAAUCAGUAUUAAUGUACGUGAGUGUUUUAAUUAUUUAUAUUCUGACCACAAAGAACAUAAAAAACCUAUACAGUAGAAUGCCACCUUGGAUGCCUUUAUGUUUAUGAUUUAUGAACAUAAGAAGAGUUGUAGAGAGGUUGUGUGAAACAAAUUUCAACAGGAUUCAGGAGUGGUUUGACAUCAGCUCACAAAGAAGCUGUAGUCGUUCCUUAAUAUUUACCCACUUAUGUCGAUAACAGAAAUGUAUAAUUAACUAUUUCCCUGAGUUUAUUGAUUGACAAAUCUGAAGAUUUUUUUUUAUAGUUUGACUAAUGUUUUAUCAGCCAGAGCAUUUGCCUAAAAUGGGAGUUUUGAUAUUGCACUAUAUUAGUGUUUGUACAGAACAGUGUUAGAAAUUUAAUUAAUCCAGUUUUGAAUAGUUGAAAUUAUGUUUUUGCAAUGGUUCCGGCCAUGUACAUACAAAACAAUAUUAAGAUCUAAUGUUUUGAACAUGCAACUACACUUCAGUCGGGAAAUCAAAGCCUACAUGUAUAUUUAUAAUAUAUUACAAUAACAAAACCUCACAUGUAGACAAACGCUUUACAUUGGCUGAAAUAAUUCACAUUGCAUUAAAGAAAUUCACAAUUUGUAUUUACACUAAUUGGUUUGAUUUGGUUUAAUAAGUAUACAAUCUAACAUUUUCAAUGUGAUCAGUCUAAAUGCUGGGUACUAUGUUGACACCAAAGUUCAGGCAUUUACACCAGACAAACUUUGUUUUUGUUAUUGUAUUAUACAGUAUAAUACUCUAGCGAAUGCACAAUGAGCCUUUAGAAUGUGUUCUCAUUCAAUUUAGUUUAAUAACCAAUAAUCAAAAGUACAUGAUGUCAAAAUGUGUUUUGAUUAUUGAUUUUUCAUGUUGAAGUCAAACUAAGUAAAUGCACAGUAAGCAAAUGUGUGUGUCAAUCAUUGUUUAAAUGUAAAUAUUUAGAGAUGGACUCACUCAAAAGACAGAUACCACUCAUUACUUUGUUAAAAGACAGUUAUGUUUUUAUAUUUUUGUAGAGUACCACCUCCCCCAUGGCGUUUUUUUAAAGAAAAAGAGAUUCCCUUGGAAAGAAUCCUUGAUCGAAGUCUGUCCUUGUGCUGCUGUAGUUAAUCUUCUGAUAUACUUCACUUCAUGCUGAAGGAACUUUGAGAAUUGAUGCAAAGACUCUUAAGCUCUGUGAGGUUCAGUCACAAAGUUCUCAAGCACACAAUUGGAUAAAAAAACACUACAACGCAAUUGUAAAGUGUUCUACCAUUGUAAAUAAUGUAUAGGCUACCUUAAAAAUGUAUUUGUAUUGGCAACGCAUGCCAACACUUUACUAAUAAAUCAAGUGAAGCAAACGUG